AUGAGAGGUCUCACCGCCAUUGGACCAGUGCGAAGCGCACUAUUGGCCAAAGACAUACCCCUCUCUCAACCAUACCUCCACACCCGACAACUAUCUUUAUUCCCUUCUUCCAGCUCAAACAGUCGUAUACGGCAUGCCUAUUCAACGCCUACUCCAGCACGUCUCAGACCCUCGUCUAGACCGAGGAUAUCAUCCCUUCUUCCCCUCCAAUCCCAGCGUAUAUCCACUCCAUCGUCCAUCCGAUCCUUCUCAGUCCUCCCAUCCUCCCUCAACCCGUCUCUGCCAGAAGUGAUAGAAGAAACUCACGCAAUCUCAACGACCGAUGAAGCCCUCACUCCAGUCUCUACAGUAUUUGACCCCAUCAUAGACCCAUUAUCGAACUUCCUAUUGGAAAUGAAUCAUCCGUUCGGAUAUGGAGUAUCCAUCAUAUGUAUCACUCUACUAGUGCGGACGAUGUUCACCUUGCCUGUCUCUUUAUGGCAAAGGAAACGAGCGUUGAAGACUAAGCAAAUUGUGGAACCUGAAUUGAAGAUAAUCAAUGAGAGAUUGGCAAAGUCCAUAGCAAGGGAUUAUAGGAAGGCGGGGAAGGGGUAUAAAGAGUAUUUGUUGGAAGUGAGGAGGCAGGUCGCAAAAGCCCAAUCUGCAUUACACAAGAAACAUUCCACCCACCCUUUUAUAACCACAUGGGCUCCUCUCCUAAUGCACAUACCAAUAUUCGUCACUCUCUCACUGACCAUACGACGUACAUUGGAAGUUACAAACUCACCAUUCUCCAACGAGAGUUUCCUAUGGUUAGACCAGCUAGGCGAAGUCGAUCCAUAUGGUGUUCUUCCAAUUGUCGGAUCAUGUCUGGCAUUUGGUAAUGCCGAGUUAAUAGGGACGAGGAGAAGUCAACAGUCUGUGAAGACAGAUCAGGUCGAUAACGAUAGUAUAAGAAAUCAAGUGAAUAAAGAAGAUAUAUUACCUACUCCGCAACCUAGAUCCCAACCUCAUCAAGAUGGUCCAAAACCUCCGCCAUCAGGUUUAUUCUCGCACAAACAGAAUCCUACAGCCCAUAGCCAUUCGCAUAGAUCCAUUCCUACUUCGAACAGAUCACGCGGAUUGUCUACUUCCUCAUCAGCCGGUCUAGCUCAAAAGCCACCAAAGGGAAUCAGUCCUCUGGUAGACGUUCCCCAGGGAGAUGUCCCGGCACCAUUCUCUCCUGCAAGACAACAGGAAAUAAGAAGGAAUUUCUUAGCUGGAGUGUUGAGGUUUAGUGCAGUAGGGUUCGGUCUGAUAGCUAGUCAGAUGCCUGCUGGAGUAACGCUCUACUGGGUAACUUCGAUAGCAUUUUCAUUGGUCCAGAAUCUAGUACUCAGCUGGUGGCCUCAGUAUAAAGCCCAACGAGAGAAGGCGAAACUGUUGGCGGAAAUGGCAGUAGAGAGAUAG